UAUUAUUAUUAUUAUUAUUAUUAUUACAGUUAUUAAAAUUUGUUUCUCUCUUUUCUCUCUCUCUCUCUCUCUCUCUCUCUCACUCUCUCUAAUUUUCUUUACGAAAGAUAUGUGACACGUGUUUUGAUGUGUAAUCGUAAGUCCACCUGCUGUUCUAAUCUUUGACGCCUCCGCUCCUCCUCCUUCUCCUUCUCUUCCUCCUUCUUCUUCUUCAUCAACGUCCUCCUCUUCUUCUUCUUCUUCUUUUUCUUCUUCUUCUUCGGCUGAUAUUUGAAUGGGAUUAUAAGAGACGAGAAUACGUUGAUGUUGCUGCUGCAGUUGCUGUUGCUCUGGCUCUUUUGAAACGUGCUCGUGCGCGGGAAAAUCGUUACGGACGCCAACGUUCUCCAUCCUCUUCCGCAUUCUCUUUCCUUUCGAACGAUCGUGAAACGAAUAGGAAGAACAGAAGAGAGAAAGGAAGAGAGAAAGAGAAGGAAAAGAAGAGAGAGAGAGAGUGAAAGAAGAAGAAGAAGAAGAAGAAUAAGAGGAAGAAGAAGAAGAAGAGAGAAAGAGGGAGAGAGAGAGAAAUUGAAGAAGAGAGCGAUUUCCUUAAGCUCUGUUACGAUGGCAUGAGCCAAAGAAAAGUAACUUCUUCAUGGAUCGUUCACGAAAAUCGAGAAAUGUCGCGUCAUCAUCGUGGACCUCCGUCGAAGUCGCAAGACAAACAAGACGACGAUUCGCGUGGCGAUUCAGGAUGACCGUAAUCGAUUUUCGGUUUAUCAUAUGCUACAGGAGAGAACUCAAUUUGGAAUUGGUCGGGAGAAUCGUGUGAGAGGUACUUGGGGUACCUGGAGCAGCUGGAGCGAAUGCUCAAGAACCUGUGGCACGGGUAUCCAAUCUCAAUCACGAGAAUGCGUUCCUCUUCGAAAAGAUUUAAGAAAACGAAGCGUUAUCACGGACAAUGGCAUGACACAAAACAAAAGGCCCAUUUGUAUCGGCACAUACAAGAGAUAUCAUACGUGCAACACACAGGAAUGUCCGAACUUUGCCGAGGACUUACGAGCGGAACAGUGCGCUAGAUACAAUGGAAGAAAUUACAAGGGACACAUUUACACUUGGAUUCCAUUUUUGGAUGCGCCGAACUCGUGCGCGCUCAAUUGCCGUGCAGUCGGGCAGCGUUUUUACGCAACGCUUGAACCGGCAGUAAUGGAUGGCACACCCUGCGACGGUCCAAAUCUUCGUGGACAUAAUGCCGGAAUUUCAAUGGAACGUACGGAACGUUGGCUCUGUGUCGCUGGACAAUGCAAGUCCGUAGGUUGCGACGGUGUUAUUGGUUCAGGGGCAACGAUGGAUGCCUGUGGUGUUUGUGGAGGGCGAGGACAAGGUUGCAGACUAUUCGAAGGUAUCUUCAUGGAACCAAUCCUACCAAAGGGUCAUCAUUCAAUAACGACGAUCCCAAAAGGUGCUAUGUCUCUGAACAUCUCCGAGUUACGUUUCAGCGCAAAUUUCUUAGCACUCAGGGACAGCAAUGGCAGUUACGUUCUAAACGGGCCCUGGUCUUACAGUCCCAGUGGCACUUAUAAAGCGGCUGGCACGACAUUAACAUACCAAAGGGGAGAUAGAAACCGCUUGGAGUGCAUCUUGGCGACUGGACCGUUAAACGAUUCUCUGCAGUUAGAAAUCUUAUUUCAAGAAUUAAAUCCCGGCGUUCUCUACAAAUACAUGUUACCACUGAAAGAAACAUUAAAAGGAGGAGGAGGAGGAGGAGGAGGAGGAGGAGGAGGAGGAGGAGGAGGAAGAGCAAGAGGAAGAGGUGGAAGAGUAGACGGAGGAGGAGGUGGAGGAGAAGGAAGAGGAGGAAGAGGAGGAGAAGGAGGAGGAGGAGGAGGAGGAAAUUUAUUACCUCCAAUUUUCAAUGCAAUAUCGAGCAAUGAUCAAAGAGGCAAUGAAAUUCCCGACGGUGGUUCUCAUGGAAUCGUUAAUACUCCUCCGACGAGAACAUCCAUUCAUAGAACUGAUUUUUCUCAGUCGCGAGGAUUUAUUAAUCAUGAUCGUACAAGACACGCGUCACGAACGGAAGAAAUGAAACGUCCACCGACAAUAGUAAUGGCCGGUGAUCAGCCUAAUUCAAAAACAAAAAAGAAAAAGCGCAAAAAGUUUGUCUGGAAAGUAGCAACGGCCUGCUCGAAAGAGUGCGGGGGAGGCAUACAAACGUCAAUUUGGACGUGUGUGCGUGAGGAUAGCGAAACAAUAGCACACGAAAAACGUUGUCGUAAUUCGGAAAAACCUGUUGCUUCAAAAGUGACGCGAUGUAACGAGCAGCCCUGUCCAGCCAGAUGGAGAGCAGAUAAUUGGAGCGAAUGUUCAGUCAGCUGUGGCGUUGGCAGACGAACGAGAAAACUCGAAUGUGUGCAAGAAUUAAAUUCAAGAUUGACGAUGCGUGUUGCGUUAGGUGCUUGCGUUCAACCACCCGAUUUAAAGACUGUAGAACUUUGUUCAAAGCCAGCCUGUCCGAUUACGAAUACACCUGAACUGAGAAAUAUGGAACCAUUGUCAGUAUCAAUACCUUCAUCAUCGACGGCUGAAACUUAUUCACAAUCUACGCAGAAAUGGAAUGUUGGAACUUGGAGUCCAUGUUCAACUAGUUGCGGAAAAGGAUUUAAAACUCGAACGGUUACCUGCAUAACAUCCGGUGAAGCAUGUCCAUUGUCAAGCAAGCCUUCAUCUCAAGAAGAGUGUGACAACCCAUCGUGUUUAAUCAGUAAUAAAAAUGAAAGAAGCUCUGAACAACGUGCUCCAUGGUUAUAUUCUGCUUGGUCACCUACGUGUUCUACGGAAUGCGGUAAAGGAAUCGAAAAUAGACGUGUGGCUUGUUCCGAGGGAAGUGAAUUAUUUUGUGAUCCCAAGGAGAAACCGGAAACUGAGAGGCAAUGUUUCGGAAGUGGAAUAAAUUGCGACGAUGCUAAAUGGUUCACCGGUCCAUGGACUUCCUGUUCCGUAUCUUGCGGAAUUGGUGUACAGUAUCGAGACGUGAUAUGCAUCUCAAAGACAAUGAAAAAAGAUAAUGGAGAAUAUACUGUAUUGGCAAUGAAAAACUGUAAUGGCACGAAGCCAAGAAGCGAACAGGCUUGCGAGGCACCGCCUUGUUCUGCGGAAUGGUAUAUUUCCGAUUGGUCCCAGUGUUCAGUUACAUGCGGCAGUGGCGUGCAAAAAAGAUUAGUCCGUUGUAUCCUCGAAGGUAUUAAUAGCUCAAAUUGCAAAGAGUUUAUUAAACCGAACGAAAUGCAACAAUGCAACAUGGAACCAUGUAAAAAGGAUAUCACGUUACUAAAUAAACCACCAAAAAAAGUUUUAGAACCAUCCGAAUGUGUCGACAAGUAUCCAGAUUGCGAUUUGGUGGUCAAAAGUGGACUAUGUCACAGGAAAUAUUACAAACACUCUUGUUGCCGAUGUCGAGACUAGUCUCGUACUAAUUAAUGAUAAUUGAAAAAUGGAAAAAUAAUCGUAUCGGUAAUCGAUAUCGUUUAAUUCGAGCAGGUUCGUAGCCCUUAUUAUAUCAUCAUUCUCCUUCUCCUCUCUUAGGCCAUUUGUAUCUCGUAAUUCAUAUUUAAAAUGAAAAAGUAUUGAGAUAGGAAGACGAACGAAUAAAGCUCGUUUAUAAAGACUGUUGUUCGAGAGAAAAAGUAUAGCGCAUAUUUUAUUUAUAUUCUAUAUAUACAUAUAUAUACAUAUAUAUAUAUAUAUAUAUAUAUAUAUAUAUAUAUAUAUACGAUUUUAUCAAAUAAUUAUAUUGUAACUUAAACUUAAUCACAUUUCUAGCUGUCACGUUCGCGAUAGGUUGCAUAUAAUGACAAAUAUUUCACUUCGAUAGAAAAUUAGAAUGAGAUCUGACUCUGUUCGUUCUAUCAUAAUUAAUCAAUUAACAAACGUUUGCUAAUUUGGUGAGCGUAAAAAUAAUUUCAUUGUUAUAAAUUCUUCACAAUCGAUUAUAAUAGAAAAUCGGAUUGAUGAUAGAUCGUUCGAAUUUCUUUUCACGUAUAUAUAGGGUGACCUAGAAAAAAAUGAAACUCUCUUUAAAAAAUUAUUAAUUUUAGGACAUUCUAUAUAUAUAUGAUAUAUAUGUAUGUAUAUAUAUAUAUAUAUAUAUAUAUAUAUAUCAUCGUACCGAAACAAAGAUUUUCGAAUUUACAUCAUCCGAAAUCGAAUCUAUAUAUAUAUAUACUUCGAAACAUAUCGUAGAAUUAUUAAUAAAUUUUGUUAUAUAAAAUCUCGUUAAAGAAGUUACGCUUCUUUUAUGGAUGACAAAAUGUUUUUGCACGAAAGCAUGAUUAUUAGGAUCAUAUUAAAUAUAAAUAUAGUCAAUCGUUGUAUAAGUCUCAUUGUAGAUGCCAACAUACUAUGAAUGAAGCAAUACAUUAGCGAUACUUAGGUUUUGUUCCACGAACAUCCCUUAAAAAAAAAAAACAAAAAAAAACAAAAAAAAACGUGCUCGAUGUUCAUUGUGCAUAGCAUGUAAGACGAUUCGAUAAUUUUAUUUAACAUUUAUUUUUUAUCUUUUCUUUUUUAUUUUUUUUCUUUUUUUAUUUUUUUUGUUUGUUUUCACGAUCAGUCGGCCAUUAGAAAGAAUUGUAAAAGUUUUGUGAUAGAAAUAUAAUAAGUAAUUCCGAUUGUUAGAAUAUAAUAACAAUUUACUUUUGAGAAACGUCA